GUUUGUGGCUCCAGGUGUUCUUUCGCGGUUGGACAUGAAGAAUCAGCAGUUCCCCAGCAGCGCUUCCUCAAAGGCCCAUGGUGGUGGUGCCUGUUCCCAGUCCCAAGGUGGCACUUUCUCUCCAUUGCACGAUCUCUCCUCACAGUCUCCAGGCACAUCCAGUUCCUCCACCAGCACAGUGCCAUCUUGCAGCCAGUCCUCACAUUCCAGCUCUGGGACGCUGAGCUCUUUAGAGACAGUGUCCACUCAGGAACUCUGUUCUAUUCCUGAGGACCAAGAACCUGAGGAUCCUGGUCCUGUCCCAUGGGCUCGGUUAUGGUCUCUUCAGGAUGGAUUCUCCAAUCUAGACUGUGUUAGCGACAACUACUGGUUUGGGAGGGAUAAAAGCUGUGAGUAUUGCUUUGAUGGACCACUGCUGAGAAAGACCGAGAAGUAUCGGACGUACAGCAAGAAGCACUUCCGCAUCUUCAGGGAAAUGGGCCCUAAAAAUUCUUACAUUGUGUAUAUAGAAGAUCACAGUGGGAAUGGAACCUUUGUAAACACUGAGCUCAUAGGGAAAGGAAAACGCCGUCCUUUGAGUAACAACUCUGAAAUCGCACUUUCUUUGUGUAGAAAUAAAGUUUUUGUAUUUUUUGAUCUGACUGUAGAUGAUCAGUCAGUUUAUCCUAAGGAAUUAAGAGAUGAAUACAUCAUGUCAAAAACUCUUGGAAGUGGUGCUUGUGGGGAGGUAAAAAUGGCUUUUGAGCGGAGAACUUGCAGGAAAGUAGCCAUAAAGAUCAUCAGCAAACGGAAGUUUGCUCUCGGCUUGUCGAGAGAAGCAGACAUGGCUCCCAGUGUUGAAACUGAAAUAGAAAUUUUGAAAAAACUGAAUCAUCCAUGCAUCAUCCAGAUUAAAGAUGUUUUUGAUGCAGAAGAUUAUUACAUUGUUCUGGAGUUGAUGGAAGGUGGAGAGCUCUUCGACCGGGUGGUGAGCAAACGCCUGAAGUAAGCAACCUGCAAGCUCUAUUUCUACCAGAUGCUUUUGGCUGUACAGUACCUUCACGAAAAUGGGAUUAUACAUCGGGACCUAAAGCCAGAGAAUGUUCUUUUGUCUUCUCAAGAAGAGGGCUGCCUUAUCAAGAUCACUGAUUUUGGACAGUCCAAGAUUUUGGAGGAGACAUCACUGAUGAGAACUUUAUGUGGUACGCCCACUUAUCUGGCUCCUGAGGUUCUUGUCUCCAAUGGGACUGCUGGGUACAGCCGUGCGGUAGACUGCUGGAGCUUAGGAGUUAUUCUUUUCAUCUGCCUUAGUGGGUAUCCGCCUUUCUCUGAGCAUAAGACUCAAGUGUCACUGAAGGAUCAAAUCACCAGUGGAAAAUACAACUUUAUUCCUGAAGUCUGGACAGAUGUUUCAGAGAAGGCUCUGGACCUUGUCAAGAAACUGUUGGUUGUGGAUCCAAAAUCUAGGUUUACCACUGAGGAAGCCUUGAAUCAUCCAUGGCUACAGGUGGAGUGAGCUGGGCUGUGUUCCAGCCAUUUUUCACCUUCAAUCAAGAAAUCUGGGGCAGGUCCAGGAAGGCAGUCUCCCUGAGGGAACCCAGUCACUUCCUGAGCCAGGUGGUUAUGUUUUAAAGGGUCUCACUCUUGUUCCUAGUGAGCCAGCAUGCCCUUAGUGCAGGCUGUCACCUGCACCCUUUUAGUUUGCGUGAUGUCUGUGUUCACACAUCCCUGUCGCUGUGAGAUUUUUGUGCCAAGCUCAUUCAAAGCUGCUGUCAGAGCAUCUAUGACUUUGGGAGAUUAAUUGCUGGCUUGGAGUUAAUUAACUGGAGUAUCCAGCAGUAUCUACCAGUAUUUUGGUAGAUGUGAUUCUGCUGCUCAGCUUUGCCACACUUUGCUGUGAACUCCUUAUGGCUUCUGUUUGGUCUUGGGUGACGUUACCUUCCAUGGUUCUCUGUUCCCGGGACACCUUGAAAAAACAAGUGUCCCUGUUAGUCUUCUGGGACUCUGGAAGAUUGUCCACUUUCUCACUUGUAAUUCUCCACACCUAAGUUUUGAUCAGACCUGCUCAAGUUGAGAAC